AUGGAGCCCCAAGGAAGACGACAAGCUCCAGCGCCUCGUCGAGAAGCACGGCCCGCGGAACUGGUCGCUAAUCAGCAAGUCGAUCCCCGGGCGUUCGGGGAAAUCCUGCCGACUCCGGUGGUGCAAUCAGCUCUCGCCGCAGGUCGAGCACCGCGCCUUCACGGCGGAGGAGGACGGGACGAUCGUAUCAAAAGCAUAUAUUUUUUGUUUUUGUUUUAUGAUGUAUCAAAAGCAUCCUAA